GAUCGAUAUAAAAGCAACAGGCCCGACCACUACCCGGCAUCAGUUCCAAUUUCUUCUUCACACACCGUUGAUCGUCGCACAUACCUUCGGGAGUCUCCCCAAAACACCAAGCAUCAAGAUGAAACUAUUCAUUGCCGUAUUUGCUGUGAUCGCAGUGGUGGCUGCCGACUUUACCGUGUCCACCACGGAGGAUCUGCAACGCUUCCGUAACGAGUGUGUCUCGUCGCUGAGCGUACCCGCCGACUACGUGGAGAAAUUCAAGAAGUGGGAGUUCCCCGAGGACGACACCACCAUGUGCUACAUCAAGUGCGUGUUCAACAAGAUGCAGCUGUUCGACGACACCGAGGGUCCCCUGGUUGACAACCUGGUGUUGCAGCUGGCCCAUGGCCGCGAUGGCGAGGAGGUCCGCACCGAAGUGAUGAAGUGCGUGGACAAGAACACCGACAACAACGCCUGCCACUGGGCGUUCCGCGGAUUCAAGUGCUUCCAGAAGAACAACCUGUCGCUGAUCAAGGCUAGCAUCAAGAAAGAUUGAGGGAACUGGGCGGUUGCUGAUGUUGCAUAGACUGCGGUGAUAUUGUGAGUGUGCAGUUGAGCAGUAAGAGUGUGCAGUUGUAUGCGAAAAGGAAAAUUUAUAAAUAAAGUGAUUUUGUUGAUAAGAUUACUGAAA